AUGAAUUGUAAAAGGCAACGGCGACGAUCAUCAUUAUCAUGUUGUCAUCGUAAUCAACAUAUUGUCAUCGUAAUCAUUAUCACCAACUAUACUAAUAAAUCAUCAUUACCAUGGCUGUCUUCAUCAUCGUCACAGUCAUUAUCAUUACUAUCAUCAUUAUCACCAUCGUUAUAUCACUGUUUCGUCAUCAUUAUCAGCGAAACAUAA